GGAGAGAGACUGGGAGAAGGAAGCGGGCAGCAAGAAGAGGUCCUGGAGGGGGCUCAUGGAGCAGAGAGACCUGUGAAGAAGCUGCACUUGCUUCCCAGCCUUGGACUUUUACCAGGGACUGGGGGGACAUGGAAGGAGACACUUGAAAGAGACAGAGAUGGAUUCAGCCUACUUGCAAGUUCUGGACUCAGAAUUUGUAACGCCUUAAGGCUCCUAACAACUUUGACUCUAUUGCUCCUGACUGCAGCAGCCCAGGAUAUAUAUUGUCUUAGUGGCUUUAGCAUGAGACUUCAAGCAGUUGGCUAACUACUGGAGAAACAACGGAUAUAACCAGAUUCACAUUACUCUCUGUAACAAUGUUUGCCCCAAGUAAGAGGAUGACCAGUUCUUCCCGUUCCCAACUCCUUCACAUGUGGAAGUCAGACAAGGCAAAGAAUGGACCUUACAAUGUUGAGAGGGAAAUUCUUGCUUCAAGAUUCUUGCGUGACACUGAGACCUGUCGGCAGAAUUUUAGGAAUUUUUCAUACCCAGACUUGGCUGGUCCUCGAAAGGCAUUGAAUCAACUCCGAGAGCUCUGCCUUAAGUGGCUCAGACCUGAGAUUCACUCAAAGGAACAAAUCCUGGAACUGUUGGUGCUGGAGCAAUUCCUGACCAUCCUUCCUGGGGAGGUUAGGACUUGGGUGAAGUCCCAGUACCCCAAGAGCAGCGAAGAAGUGGUGACUCUGGUGGAGGAUUUGACUCAGAUUCUAGGAGAGGAAGCUGCUCCUCAGAACUCUGCCCUUACCCAAGAGAUCCCAGAGGAAGACCCCAAAGGAAUACAUGCUUUCCAGAUGGGGUGGCUAAAUGACUUGGUGACCAAAGAAUCAAUGACUUUCAAAGAUGUGGCUGUGGACAUUACCCAGGAGGACUGGGAGCUAAUGCGUCCUGUACAAAAGGAAUUGUACAAGACCGUGACACUACAGAACUACUGGAACAUGGUUUCACUGGGACUUACAGUGUACAGGCCAACUGUGAUUCCCCUAUUGGAAGAACCAUGGAUGGUGAUAAAAGAAAUUUUAGAAGGCCCUAGUCCAGAAUGGGAAACCAAAGCCCAAGAGUGUACUCCAGUAGAGAAUACUUCUAAAUUCAUAAAGACUGGAACCCAGACCAUCAAAUUAGAAGAACCAUAUGACUACGAUAAUAGACUAGAAACGCAAGCAACAGAUCCGUUUGGGAAAAUUCCCUUGAAUGAAAGAGAUUUGAGUUUGAAGUCAGACUUUUCACAAGAAGAUGAUCCAACAGAAGAAUGUCUUAGUAAAUAUGAUAUUUAUAGAAGUAAUUUUGAAAAGCAUUCAGACCUACUUAUACAAUUUGGUACCCAAUCAGAUAAUAAAACAUAUAUGUAUAAUGAAGACAGGACACCCUUCAAUCAUGUCUCUUAUGGUAUUGUACAUAGGAAAAUACAGCCUGGAGAGAAGCCUUAUAAAUGUAAUGUGUGUGGGAAGAAGUUUAGGAAAAACCCAUCCUAUGUGAAACACCAAAGUACCCAUGCCAAAGAGAAGUCUUAUGAGUGUGAAGAAUGUGGGAAAGAAUUUAGGCACAUCUCAUCCCUUAUUGCACAUCAGAGAAUGCAUACUGGAGAAAAACCUUAUGAAUGUCACCAGUGUGGUAAAGCCUUCAGCCAGCGUGCACACCUUACUAUACAUCAGAGAAUUCAUACAGGAGAGAAACCCUAUAAAUGUGAUGACUGUGGGAAAGAUUUUAGUCAACGUGCACACCUUACUAUACAUCAAAGAACACAUACUGGAGAAAAACCAUAUAGAUGCUUGGAAUGUGGCAAAACCUUUAGCCACAGUUCAUCACUGAUUAAUCACCAGAGAGUUCAUACUGGAGAGAAACCUUACAUAUGCAAUGAAUGUGGGAAAACCUUCAGUCAGAGUACACACCUUCUUCAACAUCAAAAAAUACAUACUGGAAAGAAACCAUAUAAAUGCAAUGAGUGCUGGAAAGUGUUUAGUCAGAGUACUUACCUUAUCCGACAUCAGAGAAUUCAUUCUGGAGAGAAGUGUUAUAAGUGUAAUGAAUGUGGAAAAGCCUUUGCUCAUUCCUCAACUCUUAUUCAACAUCAGACGACUCACACUGGAGAGAAAUCUUAUAUAUGUAAUAUAUGUGGGAAGGCCUUCAGCCAGAGUGCAAACCUUACUCAACAUCAUAGAACACAUACUGGAGAGAAACCAUAUAAAUGCAGUGUGUGUGGGAAAGCAUUCAGCCAGAGUGUACACCUUACUCAGCAUCAGAGGAUUCAUAAUGGAGAAAAGCCCUUUAAGUGUAAUAUAUGUGGGAAAGCAUAUAGACAGGGUGCAAAUCUUACUCAACAUCAAAGGAUUCAUACUGGAGAGAAACCCUAUAAAUGUAAUGAAUGUGGCAAAGCUUUUAUUUAUUCUUCAUCACUUAAUCAACAUCAGAGAACUCAUACUGGAGAAAGACCCUAUAAAUGUAAUGAAUGUGAUAAAGAUUUUAGCCAGAGAACAUGCCUUAUUCAACACCAGAGAAUUCACACAGGAGAGAAGCCCUAUGCAUGCCGUAUUUGUGGUAAAACCUUCACCCAGAGUACAAACCUUAUUCAGCAUCAGCGUGUUCAUACAGGUGCCAAAAAUCGUAAUUAACCAAUAUGGGAGACUUCAUUUCAAUUUUAUAACAGUAAUUUACAUUUUAUUUUGUACUCUGUUAAAAAAUUCAAAGAAAUCCAAAAUAAGUGCAAUAUGUGUUAGAUAUUACUCAGCGGAAGUAUCAGAAUUAGAAAUGUGGACAUAACCUAUUUAAACUUAAUGUAAACUUUAAGGAAAGUUAAUUCACUUAACCUUUACUUGAUAUCAGUUUAAUUCAUUCAAGAAACCCUAUGAAAGUAAGAGUACUCAAAAGCUUGUAACUCAUCAACUCUUACUGUUAUUUCAAAUACUUCUUAAUGAGGCCUUAUGACUAACUUGGGAAAACUUCGAUCAAGUAGAGAUUUCACAAUAGAGAGCUACCCUGGGAUUAUUGAAAUAAGACUGCAUUUACGUCUUUAUUUCUUCCCAUCUUUGAAGCCUUAAGUAUGUAGAGGUUUCCCUUCCCUUUUUAGCUUCUUUUUUCCAUUAAUGCCAUACUAUCACGGGGAGCCAGCAGAUUUUCAAAAAGAACAAACGUUGAAAUUACCUUAAUGGUUUCUGUGUGACCACUAUUUAAUUUACAUGUUCUUUUAAAUAGUGAAAUGUUAAAGGAAGAGAAACUUAAUGGAAAAUAAUCUGUUAAGAUAAAUAACUAGUGUUGUAUAUUUAGCCCUUAGACAAGUAUAUACAUUUCAUUAACUACAAAAAUAAAACCCUCCAGCUUAAAUUAACAUUUAAAACAUACUGGCCUAAGUUUCACUAGUUUCUGACAUCUGAGGUCAUUCUGAAGGAAGAUAAAUAUAUAGUACAGUUUCCAUUUUUUUACCUGACUACUUAAUUUCAUAACUUAAGGUUUCCUAUGACUAUUUUGCUAUAAAAAGUCCAUUUCUUCCAUUGAAACACUACUUCUUGAGUGCCUACUGUGCUGAGAGCCCAAGUUCCUAAUUGGGGACUUUCAAGACUUAUUAGAGUGCUGAUUAUCAACAGUGAUGUAAGCAACAAAAAGCAUGAGGAAAGAUUACAAAAGACAUGAUUUUAACUCACGGAAUAAGCAUAAGAAACCUAAAAUGGGUAGCCAAAUGCAACCCCAUAUCCCAAGACAAGUAAUGAGACCAGCUUUAUAAAUAAUGUGAUACAGAUUAAUAGAAAGUAGGUCAAGGAUAUAAAAUCAAGGUAAAGACAAUAGUGGAGAAAAGAAUACAUAGUUAACUGUUGUAACAUGAAAUGUUACUGAGUGACUAAUUAAAAAAGUAACAAAGUAAGAGUGACUAAUUUAAAAAAUUCAGCCUGUUCAUGAAAACAUUUUAAAGUGCUAAUUGGAAUUAGUAUUCUUUCAUAUAAUAAGGUAGCGAUUCUUAGAAUAUCAGGAAAAAAUUGAAAAAAUUUCAUUGGGAAAAAUACUGAUUCAGAAACUCAUUGAUGUGCUAAAUCAUUAAACAAUAAAAUAAUUGAAUUUGUGGGUCCUGAACAACAUAAAAGGAGCACUGGCAGAAAUGCAAAUAGAAUUCAUGGGAAAAAGUGUUAAUAUCCAUAGUGUCCCAUUAUCAGAAUAUAAGGUCAUAUUCUGAGAGCUGAGAUUUUAUCUCACUCUUGUUUCUUUGGUGCCUUGCAUAUAGUAGGUGAGCUAUAUCUAUUGGUUGAAUUAAGUAGAAUUGAGUAAUAAGGUAGAAUUAACUGAUAAUGAGUAAAGUUGAAAGAAUUUCAAAUAUUUUUUGUGCAUACAUGCAAAGAAAUAUUUAAUACUGGUCAUUUACUGGGUAAUAGAAACAACUUGAAAAUGAAUCAGAAUUCCCAGUUCUUAAAAAUGAAAACAUUCCUAAAGGAAUCAUGAGGUAUCUUUGUACAGGAAGUUUUCCUGAACAAGAUAAAGGAAAAAAUGGGGAUUGUAGUGCCAUAAAUAACAAUUUAAACCUAUAAUGACCAUGCAAUUUCAUUUGGACAUUACUAUUUAUAAAAACAUCUCCAAACUGGUGUAGAAGGAAAGGCUUGGGUUGCUAGCAUGUUCAAGGUUUAAUUUGAGUGUUUUCGUCCAGAAGUUGUUGCUUUCCCACAUUAACUAGCCUUGAUGUCAUGGAGUCAUCCCUCACAAAGUGCAUAUCAUCUCCAAAUUGCAUAAUACCCAGAUUAUGCUUAUGCCAUAGUUAUGUUUAAAAAAAAAAAAACAUUGUAUUUAAGAUGCAAUUUUUAUGCCACUUCCUACCUUACACAUUUUUCUCUUAUAAUGAAUGUGUGUUGUAGAGUCCAUAGGCCUUUCUUUGCGUUUAUUUGUAUUUCCUGCCUUUGUGUGUUUUAUGUAAAUAAUGCAUUUAUAAAGUCUUCCACUAAUAGACCGAGGCAGCUAAUGCCCUUAUAAAAUAAUAGAAAAAUAGUGGAGAAUCCUAGAUCUUUGUUUAUUUCGCCCCCCCCGCUUUUACAGUUGUCUGAUUCAAGGUAAUUGGCAGAAAAUCAACUGUAUAUCACCUUGAUUUAAAAGUUAACAUUUUGCUGUGUAAUUUUACAGAAAAAUUGAAAAGUAACUUACUUGACAUAUCAUCCACAAAUAUUGAAGCAUGCAUCACCAAAAAAGACAGUCUUUUACAUAACCCCAAUAUUUUACAUAACCCCAUUACUCAAAAAAUGAACAGUAAUUUCUAAACCUUAGUCCAUGUUUAAAUUUUCCUGUUUAUCCAGUUAAAUCACAUCUCAUUAGAUUGUUACAUCUGUUUCAUCUCUGGAACAGUCUCCCAUCUUUGACUUUUUUCCAGGAUAUUUCUUUUAAUAGAUCAAUUGUAGGUUGUCUUAUACCCAGGAUUUAACUCUCUGUAUGUGGUUUAUGUUGUUCCUGUAUCUCCUGUGGUUUAUAUAAAUUGGCAGUUAGCACCAAAGUCUUGAUUGGAUUCAGGUUAAACAUCUUUUAACAUUAACACCUCACAGAUGUUUUUCCUAUUACAUCAUAUCUAAAUUCUCAUUGAUAAUCUGAUAGACCCAUAAGUGAUGUAAAGUUUGAUCUCUUGAUUGAAGUGGUAACCACCAUAUCUUCCCACUGUAAAGAUUUUUUUUCUGUUAUGGAUAAUAUAAUCUGUGGUCUAAUCUUUGACAGCGUAUGGAUAUUCAACAGUCACUGAAGGUUUCAAUAAUGAUCCUUCCCUGAAUCAUUUCAUCAAGAUUUGCAAAAUUAAGACUUUCUAAUUCUACUUUUCGAAACUGAUAAACAGCCAUUCUUUUAAGGAAGAGCUUUCCCUCAUCAACUGGAAAUGAAACGGGCUCAGUUCUUUUCCUUUAAUUGCCUAUUUUCAGAGUAAGAACUGGGUAGUGAUUGCAAAUAAUUCAAUGUGUUUAAAUUGUUUUCUAAUGCUCAAAUUGUCCCCAGAUUUGACCAGUUGAAACCUUUCAAGUGGUUCAUGUCCUUUGACAUUCCUUCUCUGGUCUUUGGGCACUUAAUUGUCUUCGACAAAUGAUAUCUCAGGUUCACCUUGCACUUUCAAUACCCCAGAAAUGGAAUGAGCCAUUUCUCCAGGAAUCCCUAGCUCUUUAAUAGACAAUUACUUAGAAACCAAGCUCUGGGUACUAGGCAUGCUCAUUGCUACCAGGGUGUCAUUAGCAAAUAGCCUUUAAGUCUUUCCAACUAUUCAACUUGGUUUUCAUAAAGACAACUCUUUGCACUCAUUUAUGUGAUAUCUGUAUAUUGAUAUAAUGGGAAAUUACACAUGCUGGGACAAACUAUUUUAGAAGCAAACGACUAAAUUGGAGAGAAGUUAAUGUGCCCUAGAAAGCAGUAAAACAUCACAAGAUGUGAAUCUUCAGUAAAUUUUAGAGGAAGGGAGCUUGUCAAUUAAUCUAGUAAGAGGAUUAAGUAGAGAGCUGUUAAGAGAGCAACUAAAUGUAUGAUACCUACUAUGUGCAUGUUAACUAUUACAAGUCUUGAUAAUUUACUGUAUAAGCUAAUUACGCUCCUUUCCCAUCAUUCCUGAUGCUGGUUUCUUGAUAACUUCUAAAUUUUAAUUCUGAACAUGUUUCAUGCAAAUCUAAAAAUUUUCUUGCAAAAGUUCUACUUGGUCUUCAAAACUGUAAAGCUGUUAAGUUUCAUUCACUGUAACUUCUGGUACCAGUUCACUUGCAUGUACCUGUAAAUGUACUUUUAGUCCUCUAUUUCUGUUACUCUCCUUGUGGCUCUAUAUUUUACUAUAAAAGCCCCUUGGAACACUAGCCAUAUAGUGUAAGCAUGUGCACUAUAGUGAUGUGUAUAAAUAUGUGUGUAAGCUUGUAAAACAACAUUGAGUCCUCCACAUGGAUGGGGAACAUAAUGCCCAUGAUACUGAAGUGUCUUGUUUGAGGUCAUAGUCAUAGAGUGACAAAAUAAGGAUGGAACCCAUGGCUCCAGCACUUAGUUGAGUUCUUCCUGAAAAAUAAUGUUAAAUGAAAAAUCAGAGCACAAGCAGUAUGUACCUACAGUUUUAUAAAAAUAUGUAUUUUGAUGAGAUUAGAUCAUUGAAAGUUUUUUAUUGUUUUCCCUUCUAUAUAGUUUCAGAUCUUUGAGUAUAGCUUUACCACCACCACUCCCCACCUUCAGCUUUGACUUCUCACCUAGCUCUUCCUGAAGUUUCAGAACCAAUGAUCUAAAACUACCUUGUGUGUAUUUACAAUGGUGUUACCUAAAACUGAAUUGUUUUCACCCUGUAACCUUUUCUAGUUCACCAUAGCUUUGACAGGGAGGCUAGAGGCCACUCUCAUUCUUCACCAAUGGUCAUUUGAGCACUACUAGUUUUACCUCCCCGGUAUUCUAGUUCAUUCUCUCUGCUCAUUCUUUUCCCACUGUCACUACCUCAUUUUGGGCUUUUAAUCGGCUCUUGUUCACAUUACUUGUAGCCAUGUUAGUGGUCACUCUAUUCCUGACCUCACAUCCUCCAGUGUAUCUUCAGCACUGCCAGUCACCUGAAGUAGCUGACUAAGACCACCACACAGCUAUACAGGUUAUGAAGCUAUACAGACAGACUAAGUGGCCAUGCAUUGGGCCAUGGCACCAUUUGCACAAAAUCCUUCAGUAUCUUCUGUUAAUAGCAGUGGCCCUGACUCUACACUACACAGUGAAAUGACAUGGGGAGCUCUUAAAAUUACCAGUGCCAGGGCCCCGACUCCAGAAAUACUCAUUUCAUUUGAGAGGGAGGUCUGGAUAUCAAUGUAUCUUCAACUCCCCUAGAGAUUGUAGUGCUCUAAAGUAGAGCUAGGACAGAAGUAGGGGGACCAGUUAGGAAGUUAUUGCAGUGAUUCAGAGGAAAAAUAGAGAUCACAGUAGAGGUGGUGAGGUGUGAUACAACAAAGGUUGUAUUUUGAAGUCUGAAGGAUAUGCUAAUGAACUGGAUUGGGGUGUGAAAAGAAUCAAGGCUGGCUAUUUCCUGCUGGAGGAUGUGCUCCUACAAAAGACAUCAUACUCAUUUCUGCAUCUCCUAUAUCAAGCACAGCACCUGGCACAUAAUGGUAUGUAGGCCCCCAAUAAAUGUUUGAUUAAUGCAUCCAUGCAGGAGUUUGCACAAUCAAAAUUAUAGCUUCAGAUU